AUGAUGUUCACUCCAUUAAGACAACUACGGUUAUUUUCGGCUCCUCUGAGAUACAUUCAAUCAUUCAGAUGUUUAUCAUCAUGCCGAACUACAAAUUCAGAUGCAUUCAAUGAUCAUUUCAUUCAUAAAACCCUCACAUCUACUAAAUCCCAUCAUGAUAAUGAAUAUAUACGAUGUACAAUAUUUAAUUCUCAAGGAGAUAUGAUUCAACAUGGACAAGAAAUACUUAAAAAUAAAUUCAUUGAAAAAUACAAUUUAAUUCCUAGAGAUUUCCGUAAAUUUGAUCGACAUUUAAGUCAUUCAAGUCAUCAAGAUAUUGUUCCUAGUAUAAUUAUACGAAAGAAUAAUAUCUUAUUACAAUUAUUAAAUGUUCAUGCAUUGAUUAAAUAUGAUGAAUUAGUUAUAUUUGAUAGUUUUGCUCAUCAUAGUGAUAGUCCCCAUCAUUCAUCUCAUACUACACUGCAAUUUUUAAAAGAUUUAGGCAAUCGUUUAAAAUCAACUCAUCUUGAAUCAUUACCAUUUGAAUUUAAAGCAUUAGAAGGGAUACUUAUAUAUAUUGUUUCAAAUCUAUCUACUGAAAUGAAAGUUCAUAAUACUGUUUUACAAAAUAUUAUUCAAGGUUUAGAUGAAAGUAUAGAAAGAUAUAAAUUGAGAUAUUUAUUGAUUGAAAGUAAAAAAAUUAGUCAAUUUAGUCAAAAAAUUAAUUUAAUCAAACAAUGUUUAGAAGAUAUUUUAGAAAAUGAUGAUAAUGAAUUAAAUGAAUUAUAUUUAACUGCAAAAUUUAACGAAUCUCCAAGAUUAGGUAAUAAUCAUGAAGAAAUUGAAAUGUUAUUGGAAAAUUAUUAUCAAACCAUUGAUGAAAUUGUACAAAUUGUGGAGAACUUAAAAAAUCAAAUCAAAACUACUGAAGAUUUGAUUAAUGUGGUUUUAGAUUCCAAUAGAAAUCAGUUAAUGUUAUUGGGAUUAAAAUUUUCUACUGGUUUAUUGUCUUUAUGUCUUUGUUUAUACAUAUCGGCAUUGUAUGGUAUGAAUUUAGAGAAUUUUAUCGAAGAAUCAGAUGGUGGGUUUGAAGCUGUCAUUGUUGUUUCUACUAUCGCUUUAGUUUGUUUAUUAUUAUUUGGAGUUAAACAAUUGAAGAAAGUUGAAAAGGUCACAAUGACAAGUUUACACGAUAAGAAGAAAUAA